UCAUCAUCGUGAUCAUCAUCAUCAUCAUCAUCAAUAGCAUCAUGAUCAUUGUUGAGAAGAGUGUAGCAGUACCAGCACCGGCCCCGGCUGUUCCAAAAUCUGAGGGAACUACCUGUGUGCAGAUCGUGCAACAAUGGGAUUCAGGGGAAGUUGUUAAUUGGUUAUGUCGGAACAACUACUCUCACCUUCAGAAUUGGUUCUUAAGCUACAACGGAGGAGACUUAAUGGGACUAAAGAGGAUCGCUGCACAGGCUCCCGAAUUCUUCUUUGGCAAACUAGAGCAGGAGUUCGGCUUCAAGUCACUGUUGGAAAUGAUCCGUUUCAAGAACAUGCUUGAUGCGAUAGUUUAGUAACCUAUGCAUUAAAGACUAGAUUAGUAAGAAAAAGAAACGUCAACUUUUGGCUAUGCAGCCGAAUUCCAAUCGGGUUUCAUUUUAUUACUUUUCGCUGUCCAUAUACAGUAUGGUAAUUUCCAUCAUUAUAAACCCGAGGUAGUUAUGUUAUCUUGAUGGUGAUAACGCGAUUGGACAUUUUCGCCAGUUUUUUAAUAUAGAUUUAGUCAAAGAGCACCAAGUGUCAAUCUUUCUAUCCUCUAAAAAUUACCACAACUCUGUAGCUAAACCUGGCAGGAAUUGAUUCCUUGAAAUGCUGGAGCGCUGUAAUGGCAGCUAGGCUAAUGCCGGAGCAAUAAUAAAUGCGCCUCGGAAUAGAAUUUCUAGAUAGACGGCGCUAUAGAAAUGCCUAUUAUUAUCAUUAUUAAUAUUAUAAAACAAUCAUGUCGUUUUGGCAUAAAAAUUGUUUCUUGACUGGAUUCUUUUUAUAUAUUAGUUAAGGUCAAGUGUACAGAAUUUAAAAAAACUUGACACUUGUUGCUCCAUACAGCAGUAGAAUAUGUUAAAGUGGAAAGAUAGUUUGGUGAACGAGUAUAUAUCAUCUACUAUACAUCUCUCGUAAUAUAGUUUAGAUAACAUGAAUCCUGUCUUCAUUGGCGACCUUGUCCAAGAAUGAUUCAAAUCAGAGUACUCUUUGUGUCUGGACAGGUGGGAAAGAUUGGAGUGUUUAGCUGUGGUCCUCCAGGUAUGACUGGCGGAGUGGAGCAGGCAUGUGUAGACCUUAACAAGUUCGAUGGAGCAGCCUUCAUCCAUCACUAUGAAAACUUGAAAAGAUUGAAUCCGAGAACUAGCACCUCCAAUGACGCGACAGAUCAGGGGAAUAUUCGCACAGAAGCUUAAUACUUUGGGUUGCUUGAAGAACCGGGGCAGCUAUAUAUUUAUUGCAAGGGUAUGCUAUGCCCAUGAAUGUAUUGAUCUUUACCCUGUGUCACGCAUAGGAAUUAAUUGUUAUUUGCCAUUUCAAAUUUACUUAAUCAAGUAGUACAAACAGGUACAAACACAGUUACUGCGUAUCAUAAUAUGGUAUACGUUCACUAAUGAUUGUAACAUAUUUACUUUAAGAACUCUAUGAGUAGGACGGGAGUCUAUACAUUAGGACACCAUGGUUACCGGUGGUAUUUUUCUCGGACAUUUUGUAUGUAUUUGGAUGGCAAAUGACAUCAAAGGAUUCAAUGUUUAAAUGAAGAGAGCUUGUAAAUAAGAUCUGAGAUAACGUAUUUUGUAUAACAUUCUAAAAUUUGUUCUAUUUAAUUGACUGAACUAAGUAAUACAUUUAUAACAACCCUACGAAAUAUACGAAGAUCUUGCGUGGUUCUUACGAUGUUCUUACGACGUUCGGCCGCCUUAAGAAGAGAGGCUUUCUAACGAAGUUAAAAACAAUUUUGGACAAGACCAUCGACCAGUCUGCGAACUUACUAACGGUCUACGAACGGCCUACGAACGCUGGUUUCGUACGGCCCUCUUAACAAGAUCUUGCGAAAUGAUCUGAAAAUCGUUCGUACGGCAUUCGUAGCAGUUCGUAAUGGUAUUUUUGACCGAGGCUUAACGUUCAGGGGUCUGAGAAAGGUCUUUAAAAAUUGCAUUUCACGCCUUUCCAUGAUAUCUAGGCCUAUAUGAUUUUUCAGCAAAUUAUUCGUGUUUUUCAAGAGAUAUUCUUUCGAUCCAUGUUUAUGAAAUGUUUAUGUCUUAGACUAUGUUAAUUUGCAUUUUAUCUUUCAUUUGGAUAUUUGUAAGUUCUUUAUGUUUUUAAUGCUGAUCAGGCUACUCUGUCUCAAUAUUCGUGAAUAAAUUUAAGUAAAAACAUUAAAACAAUUUAAUUAACAGGAUAGUCUACAUUUAUCCCUCAUAUGUAUACCUUGAACAAAAACGGCUUAUCUUCUGCUAUUGUAUUUCUUUCUUCCUUUUGUUAUGGCCUACGUUUGCUUGGGUACUUAAAUGCAUAAUGUAAAAGUGAUUAUAGAGCGAAUAGUUCCACCGGUACAUUAACCGUGGUGUGUGUGUGUGUG